AUGGCUCGAGUGAAUGAUUCAGGAGGUGAAACAUGUGACGGGAGAAUACCCCCAGAUAGCACAACAAUGAAGUUGCCAAAAGUGGUGCCGCCAAAGAAUUCGAAUGAGGAGAGACGAAUGAAAGAAGGACAUAUUGAAGAUAAUAAUGAGGAUAUUUCUUACUUCAAUUUCCCUCUUCUUUGGUGGUCGGGCACUUUUGGAAUGAUUUCUCUUAUUUGUAUGGCUGUCGCGAUUGGUGGCAGUCUUUAUACGGACUAUGUGCCGACUCCACGUCAAUUAAAGCGAGGUUUCAUUGCUCGUUAUGGAACAAGUGUCUAUUUGUGCAAUAGUACAAUCAAUUUUGCUGCUGAUGGAUUACCGUCACUUUUGAAUCUUUUUGAGCUAAAUGUUUCGGGAAAUGUUUUCUUUCGAGUUGCUGUUGUACUCCCAAUGACUGUUCGAAUUUUUCAAGCCUAUGCUGUCAGGAAUCUGGUAUUGUUGUCUUCUUCUAUAGAAGCAUCAAUUCCUGUGCGACUUCUAGCUGAUUUAAUGCCCACUUUGAUGAUGCUUGAGACUGCCGCUUUGGCUCUCUUUUCCAUCAUCACCACUCACUUUGAUUAUGAAGAUAUAAAUCGCUAUUGCAAGCUGGUGUUUUGUAUCACGGCUUGCGUGAACAUGUUUGCAACGGCGAUCGUUACAUUUGGUCAUCUCAAAGAAUCACCAAAACAAAUCGACGCGAUUUCCUUAAUGGUGAAAAUCUUUUCGGCGGCAAUUUUCUGCUAUGUGGCGCCUCAAUACUUCCAUCGGCAUCAAGUUGCUAUUCGUUUUCCCGUUUGUCAUUCACAUUUACCGCGUACUGUUGCCUACAUGGAAUACGCUUGUGUAGUCUCCUAUCUUCUUUUCCACUUAUCGCAGUGGUUGGACAUUCGGCAAAUGAAUUUCUUGGUCUAUCCACGAACAUGCAGUGGUGAAUGUGAACCGCUUGAUCCGAAGAAUUUCGAGAAAGGAGCUCGAUAUGAGUAUUGUCGUUCAUGGGAGUACCGUCAACGGCAAUUACUCGGUCUUCCUGUUCUCACUUUA